AUGAUGGUGACCAUGACAGGGACAGCUUGGGUUAUUACAAGUGCAAGAUUGAAGAGUGUGGGCAUAUUUUCACUACUAAUGCCACACGAAAGGUAAUGAUAAAAAUGGAAAGAUUGGCUUUCUCUUGAAAAAAAACCCCUAUUAUUAAAGAAGAGUGAAGUGAGGGUAUAACAAAGUAAUACAAUGAUCCUAGUUAUGAAGAAAUUCGUUUCACUUGAUAGGUUAGCAAGUUGAUCUAUUAAUUUCUCUUGUUAACCUAUCAAGUUACAUUGCGCCCUACAUGUUACUACAUUACUUAUUCUUUAACAGUAAGGCCAGGCAGUGUUUGCACCAAAUUGAACCGAUUAUUUUAUUCUUUCGCUAUCAUUACCUAGCACAUGAAUCACCAUCAGAGUUUAUUACUCGAUCUUUAUAAAAUACUACUUUUUUAAACAGACAUGAAAAACAAUUGCAUCAGGUGGAACAUUUCCAUGAAGCAGAAAAAGAUCAAGAACCACCCAAUGAUGAAGGAAAUAAUGCAAAUACCUCCAAUGACAAUAUCUACAACUAUCACAAUGCAAGGUUAUACAAUGUGGUCUCCUAGUAUUAAAUAUGAUGGAUGCAACAAAGGAAGGGGAUGGCAGCCGACUGGUGCGGUGUUUGAAGAUAGUUUUACUAUUUGAGUACAAGUUUAAGCAUACUAAAUAUGCUUAUGUUUUGUUGCUAUUUUUUGCAAAAGUCAAUGCACUUUUGUCAAAAAAAGAUGCAUAUUUCCUUGUACAUAAUAGAUUUAUAAAAAAAAGGGAAAAAAGCAGGAAACAUUCCUCUAGACCUUCAUAUGGGACAUGUUAACUUAGAUGUCAAAAAACUCCUCAAUGCAAUGGGUGGAAAAAUCACUAAAGCAGCAGCUCAGCGAUGUGCACAAAGCUUAACAAUAACAAAUACAGUGUUGGAAACCAUUUAACACGAGUGUGAAAAAUCCCAUCGCAGUGGUUAUGAUGGGGAGAAAAAUAAAGAUGAAUCUGUCAAGUCCAUUGCUGCAGAUCUGUUACAAGGCAAAGUGUUUGAUCACAUUUCCGGGAGAUAUCAUCCAGGUUUCGAACGUUGCAAGAGUAACAUUCUUGAUAUUGAAUACAGGGAUUUCUUCACAUGGGCAAAGAACCACCUUAAACAUUGGAAAGAGAUUUAUGAAACAGCAAACAAACAAUAA